AUGGACUCUGAGAACAGAACCAAGGACGGACUGAGCUUGAGAAGUUACAGCAAAGGGGCCAACAGAAGACCCUGUGUGCACCACCAGCAGUCCUCAGAGUGGACUGACCCAGGGGACUAUACUUCUGGGGAGAUUAAGAUGAAUGACUUCGAAGAGAAGGAUGUUGAUGAAUUCAACUCCAAUGGUUUUAAGUGCCCAAUGUGCUUUGCAGUGAUGGAAAGAAAGUGUGACAAUGAGCUCAAGCGGUGCACAGCAGAUAAGAUCAAGUGUGUUGAAUUUUCUGGCAUCAUAAACACAGAUCUUAAAGACAUCGCUAUUGAACUGAAGAAAUGCAUACAAGCACACCUAUGCAAAGAGACGAUAACUUAUAUGGGUUUUCCAAUUGCUAAUGGGAGUAAAAAUUGCAGAUCAGCCAUCAGAAAUGGGGCCAGAGUCAGACCCCCAACCCCCAUCUUCUUUGUUCUCUUCCUGGAGAAGAUGCUUCAUUGA